GUAGCCAUUUUGGUCCCACCUAAAACAGACAGACCCGCUUCACUUUGGGCCGCCGGAGAUGGAAGAAACCGAGCCGACGGCGAGUAUUUCAGCUACCCGAAUCUUUUGAAUCACUCCGAGAAUUAUCCAGAGGUGGCACUCGACGCCAUGGCACGGUUCUAGACAGAGUGGUUUUGUGGAAGAAAAGCCUGUGGCGAUUUUUGGAAGUGGCGACCGACAGCGCCUUAACGUUAUUAUAGUUAGCUCCAGUGACUCAAACCUAAACGGACAGACGGACACUGAUUUCGUUUCCCUGCCGAGUUUAGCACAGGCCAUGCACGGUUUGUACACGCCGUGUAAAUGCUGUAAGAGGGAUUAUUAUGCUCUUUAGUGAGGGUUUUUUCUGCCCAUAGCUGUUCAGGUGCUCGACUCUAACACGUCUGGUCUCGUUUGAAAAUUGUCACGAUCCAUGCUGAGACUGUUUCUCCGGAGGGAGCCGAAAAGCAAAGCAAUAAUUUCAUUCUUCGGCUGUCGGGCUGAAGACUGUGUGUAUUUUGGACUUAAAACGGCGACUGGCUGAGGAAGAAGGAAUAAAAGAUGUCAACAAAAACUCCUUUACCUACAGUCAACGAGAAGGUGACGGAAAGUCACACCUCUCACAGCAAUGGCCGUCAGGAGAUCAGCACACGCCCAGGCCGGACGGGCGUGCGUCCGGCCCGCAGCUCCGAGGAGCCGCAGCAGCCCCACGUAGGCAACUACCGGCUGCUCAAAACCAUUGGCAAGGGCAACUUUGCCAAGGUCAAACUGGCCCGACACAUGCUCACCGGCAGAGAGGUGGCAAUUAAAAUAAUAGACAAGACACAGCUGAACCCAAACAGCCUUCAGAAGCUCUUCAGAGAAGUUAGAAUAAUGAAGAUCUUGAAUCAUCCCAAUAUAGUCAAGCUUUUUGAAGUUAUUGAGACCGAGAGGACGCUCUACCUGGUAAUGGAGUACGCCAGUGGAGGAGAGGUGUUUGACUACCUGGUUGCACACGGAAGAAUGAAGGAAAAAGAGGCCAGAGCUAAAUUUAGACAGAUUGUAUCAGCGGUGCAGUACUGCCACCAGAAGCACAUUGUUCACAGAGACCUCAAGGCUGAGAACCUGCUCCUCGACGCAGACAUGAAUAUCAAGAUCGCAGAUUUCGGCUUCAGCAACGAGUUCACUCUGGGCAACAAGCUGGAUACGUUUUGCGGCUCCCCGCCGUACGCAGCACCGGAGCUUUUCCAGGGAAAGAAGUACGACGGGCCAGAGGUGGAUGUUUGGAGUCUGGGGGUGAUACUGUACACGCUGGUCAGCGGCUCGCUGCCCUUUGACGGACAGAAUCUUAAGGAGCUGCGGGAGCGUGUGCUCAGAGGGAAGUACCGCAUCCCUUUCUACAUGUCCACAGACUGCGAGAACCUCCUCAAACGCUUCCUGGUGCUCAACCCGGCCAAGCGGGGUACUCUCGAGGUGAGGGAGGAUGCAGAAAAUCAAAUUAUGAAGGAUCGAUGGAUCAAUGCAGGAUUUGAUGAUGACGAGCUCAAACCUUACACUGAACCAGAGCUGGACAUCACAGAUCAGAAGAGAAUAGACGUGAUGGUCGGGAUGGGCUACAACUUGGAGGAAAUCCAGGACUCUCUGGCCAAGAUGAAGUAUGAUGAGAUCACAGCCACCUACCUGCUCUUGGGCAGGAAGGCCUCUGAGCUGGAGCCCGGCGACUCGGCCUCCAGCAGCAACUUGUCUCUGGCCAAACCGAGGCCAAGCAGUGAGCUCAACGGCCAGUCGCCCUCCCACCUCAAAGUCCAGAGGAGCGUCUCCUCCAACCACAAACAGAGACGUUACAGCGAGCAAGUUGGUCAGAACCUCCCUCCAGGGAUGGCUCAUCCAAAGAGGAGUCAGACAACUACUGCUGAGAACAGCGUGAAAGAGGAAGGUGGAGUCCAGCUCCGUAAACCGAGCAUCCCAGGAACCCGCGGGGCACCACCCUCCAGCCCUCUGCUGGGCAACGCCAACAACCCCAACAAGGCUGACAUCCCUGACCGCAGGAAAGGAGCCACCACGGCCCCGAGCAAUAACACUGCAUCUGCGGGUAUGACCAGGAGGAACACGUAUGUCUGCAGUGACAGAAACAACACAGACCGCCUCUCCGUCAUUCCUAACGGGAAAGAGAACAGCAUGACUGAGAUGGCUUGUGCCACUAGCCCCCCGUCUGCCUUUGCAGCCGCUGCAUUCGGUGCCUCGUCCAGUUCGGUGCGGCUGAGGUAUCAAACUGUCGGCCCUUUGUACGCUUGCCAGGCAGGCUGGGCCACACUGCCCCACUCCUACUACGCUCUGGACUACUGCUCGCCCAAGUAAGACGACAGGGUCUCCAAACCCCCCUGUCUGUCUCCUCUCAUGUCUCAGCCCCUGUUUGGCCCCUUGCUAACCCACACAUCCAGCCAGCUUCACACUCUAUAACCCUACAACUAAACCAUGGACACCAUUUCCUGCAACAAACAGUAAGCAAAGUGGUUUUUGGUGCCAGA